AUGGCACGCAUGGCGCAUUCUCGACUCCGCGAGGAGACUGCCUCGAGCUUUGAUGGCGAUGAUUUUGUCGUGCUCUCCAAACGCGCCCGGUCAUCACAGGAUGAAAUGCCUGAGGUCUUCCGAUUGCCGCGCUGCAAUGGCCUGGAUCUGUACGAGGUCUCGGUUGAUGAGCUCCAACAUCUCUAUUCCACUGGGGCGUUGUCUUCUGUUGACUAUGUGAAAUUCUGCUUGGAGAGAGUCCAAAAAACUAAUCCGUACCUCGAAUGUGUCAUUGAGACCAAUCCUGACGCAGUCGAACAUGCACGUGCCUCGGAUGAGGAAAGAAAGCAAGGCAGCGUUAGGGGUCCGCUGCAUGGUAUUCCAGUACUUGUCAAAGAUAACAUGGCCACGGCAGACAAAAUGCAAACGACGGCAGGUUCCUGGGCUUUGCUCGGCUGUAUCGUCCCAAAGGAUGCACACAUUGUCCAUCUUCUGCGCCAAGCUGGGGCGAUCAUCCUCGGCAAGGCCAACCUCGAUGAGUGGGCAGGUAUGAGAGGCAGCAUCUAUUCAAUGGGAUACUCUGCCCGCGGCGGGCAAUGUCGCAAUCCGUAUAUGCUGACCCGCUCGCCAAACGGCAGCAGUUCAGGGAGUGCCGUCAGCGUCUCGGCAAAUGUUGUCCCUCUAGCCUUUGGUACAGAAACCGACUGCAGCGUGAUCAGCCCAGGCAUGGUCAGUGGAGUCGCUGCAAUCAAGCCAACGGUUGGGCUCACUUCGCGAGGAGGAGUCAUUCCUAUUUCAGAGACUCAAGACUCUGUCGGCCACUAUGGAAAAUGCGUCGCAGACGUUGCCCGUGGGCUGGAUGUCAUUGCGGGACCCGACCCUGACGACAAGUUCAGUACUCAGCCUGGCAGGCGUCAGCCAAAGAGCUACUAUGCAUGCCUCGCUGACAGGCAUGCUCUCAAGGGUGCAAAGUUCGGUCUGCCGAGCAAAUGUUUCUGGGAUACUGCUCCAUACCCUCAGAAACUGGUCGCAGAGAAAGUCCUGCAUCUCAUAAAGCAGGCCGGGGCCGAGAUUAUACCUGUUGAUAUGCCCAGUGCUGAAGAGAGAUUAGGCAAACACGGAAUCUGGGACUGGGAACGCUAUGGCGAAUCAAACCCUGAAAUCUCCGAAAUCACCGUCAGCAAAGUCCAGACCUAUUAUCUCAUGAACCAAUACCUGAGCAAGCUGAAAAACACACCCAUCAAGACUCUGGAGGACGUCGUGCGGUUUAAUGACGACAACCGCGGCUCUGAAGGCGGCCAUGAAGCCGACCUUCCAGCAUUUCCCGAUGGCCAGAUCCUCUUUCGCAAAUGCGUCGAGACGAAAGGGAUUAAAGACAAGACGUACUACGCCGCCUUGAAGCAUAUUCAAUAUCAGUGUCGCGACAACGGGAUUGAUGCUGCGCUGAAAUGUCCCUCGAGCGAACGCCGUCCGCAAUCCGCCGGUGAGGGAGAAGAAGUAGAGCUUCUGGACGCCCUCCUCUUCUGCGAUGUGAAAGCGGGAGGCAUCCAGAUUGCAGCUCAAGCGGGCUAUCCUAUCAUGACGAUUCCUAUCGGUCUGGAUCCGGACGGGAUGCCCGUGCCGCUGACCCUACAGCACAGCGCUUGGCAGGAAGACAAACUGAUCAAGUGGGCGAGUGCCAUCGAGGAUCUGCUGAACCGCUAUAAUGAAGAGCACGCUAUACCGCCGAGCGAUCGAUGGAGUAGACUGGGGCGUCUCCCGCCUACUUACAUGAAGCACUUGCGCAAGAACAUCCCCACUGACAUGGACUAUCACUGGCCUGGUCGGCAUCGACAUCAUGCUGCUUAA